GCAGAACUCUGGCAGCCGAAAACCUGCAGAACCCUGGCACAGCCAUGCUCAAGGCCAGUCUCCACACGCUUUGAAGAGCCUCACGCAUGAAGGAACUGACAGAGGAAUCCAGCUUCACCACAUCCACCACCAAAGUUCCAGUGCUGUUUGUUCCCAUGAUCGGAUUGAGCCCAACUUCCUGUCUGAACUCACGGAUCUGGUUCCUGAAGAGAGCCUAACUCGGCAGUGUUAUACUGUGUCCUUCCCACACCUCCCUUUGUCGGAAGAGAUGGUGAUGGUCCUGAACCUUCUGUUGUUGGUCUUCAUGCUGGGGCUGGGGCUUACCCCUCCGACUCUGGCUCAGGAUGACUCCAGGUACAAACGCUUCCUGACCCAGCACUAUGAUGCCAAACCAAGUGGCCGGAAUGACAGAUACUGUGAAAGCAUGAUGAAGACACGAGGCCUGACCACACCUUGCAAAGACACCAACACCUUUAUUCAUGGCAAAAAGAGAAGCAUCAAGGCCAUCUGUGAAGAUAAGAAUGGAAGUCCUCAUGGAGAAACUUUAAGAAUAAGCAGGUCUUCUUUCCAAGUCACCACUUGCAAGCAUAUAGGAGGAUCUUCCCGACCUCCCUGUCGGUACAGAGCUACAAUAGGGUUUCGACACAUUCUUCUUGCCUGUGAAAAUGGCUUACCUGUCCACUUUGAUGAAUCCUUUAUCCAUCCAUAACCAGAUCCUUCUCUAGCACUCCUCCACCAUGCCCCAGUGGCAGACUUUGUUGCUGGAAAUCCAGCAAAGGGUCUGACUGGCUCUUUUGCUUUUUCAUAUGUCUACUCAAUAAAAAUAUCUCUGAAGAAUCAAAGCCUUA